UUCGUACUGACUUGAAGUGUUUCAUAAUUCCGAUCUUUUCGUGGACAGUCAGAGACUAAAAUCAAAACCGAAGGAUUCCGCAUCAUGUUCUUGUUGCGACGUGUCGCUGUCACGCCUCUCAGUCAUUGGCGGCAAAUGCGGCUGGCGCCUCAAGGCGUUCAUCUGUCCACGGGUACGGGCCGCGCACAUUCGCAUGAUCCCAGUUUGAUUGACCCCGAGGGUGAUCCUCGGGUUCGGUCGGCCCAUCGGGAGAUGACGGAAAAGGGCGGUACUCGGCCCCUGUAUCUGGAUGCCCAGUCCACCACGCCCUUAGAUCCGAGGGUUUUGGACCAGAUGCUGCCUUACUUAACCUCUUAUUAUGGCAAUCCUCAUUCUAGAACUCAUGCUUAUGGCUGGGAAUCGGAAGAGGCCAUGGAAGAUGCGCGCAAAGAAGUGGCAGAUUUGAUUGGAGCGGACCCCAAGGAGAUCAUCUUUACGUCAGGCGCUACGGAAUCGAAUAACAUCUCGGUCAAGGGCGUGGCGAGGUUUUAUAAGAGCAAGAAAAAUCACGUGAUCACCACCCAAACGGAGCACAAGUGCGUCCUGGACUCUUGUCGCCAAUUGGAAAAUGAAGGUUUUACCGUCACAUACUUGCCCGUGAACGAGAAAGGCCGUGUUUCCAUGGAGGAACUGGACAAAGCCAUGACCCCCAACACGGCUUUGGUGUCGAUUAUGACGGUGAACAACGAGAUUGGUGUGAUUCAACCCAUGGACGAGAUCGGUCGACUCUGUCGCUCAAAGAAGGUCUUUUUCCACACGGAUGCGGCCCAAGCUGUGGGCAAAAUUCCCAUGGACGUCAAUAGGAUGAAUAUCGAUCUCAUGUCGAUUUCUGGUCACAAACUGUAUGGCCCCAAGGGCGUCGGGGCUCUAUACGUGAGACGACGUCCCAGGGUGCGCGUGGAACCCAUUCAAUCGGGUGGGGGACAAGAGAGAGGCCUCAGAUCUGGCACUGUCCCCACACCUUUAGCCGUAGGCCUGGGAGCGGCAUGCAAGUUGUCCGGCCAAGAAAUGGAUUAUGAUACCCAGCACAUCACCCGUUUGGGAAAUAAGUUGGUGAAUACCGUCACGUCCAGCUUGCCGCAUGUCAUCUUCAAUGGAGACCCAGAGCAUACCUAUCCCGGUUGUGUCAAUUUGAGUUUUGCCUACGUUGAAGGCGAGAGUCUUCUAAUGGCCUUGAAGGACGUGGCCUUGUCCUCGGGAUCUGCUUGCACCUCAGCUUCUUUGGAGCCGAGUUAUGUAUUGAGGGCCAUUGGAGCUGACGAGGAUUUGGCUCAUUCUUCCAUAAGGUUUGGCAUUGGCCGGUUCACUACCGAUGAAGAAGUGGAUUACACAAUCGAAAGAAUUAUUUCCGAGGUUUCAAGACUCAGAGAAAUGUCCCCGUUAUGGGAAAUGUUCCAAGAUGGAAUCGACAUCAAAAGCAUUCAGUGGACCCAACAUUAAUGAUUCUAUCUCUUGCAAAUUUCAAUUGACGUAUUUUUCAGGUGUGAUGAAUAUAAAUCUCAGUUGACAUCCA